AUGAGUGUUGGACGCAGAAGACUAAAGCUGCUGGGAAUUCUGAUGAUGGUAAAUAUUUUUAUUUAUGUGAUUGUGGAAGUCUCGAAAAGUGGUAGCCAAGAGAAGAAUGCAAAAGGCCGUGUUAUUAUACCACGCAGCAAAUUCUGGAGAAAAUACACUCCUCAUAAAGCUUACUGGAACAAACAGCAACAGAAGCUCGAACUGCUGUACAACCCGAUUCUGACCUUGCUUUCCAAUAUGACUGUGGAAGAGAACUUGGUUUCUAACUUGAGUGUUCUCAGUUCCUGUGACCCUGACCCAUGGGUAUCUUCGGAGGUCAGUGACUUUGCAAACUUGCCGGACAGAUUCAAAGACUUUCUACUUUAUUUGAGAUGUAGAAAUUAUUCUUUAUUAAUGGAUCAGCCAAACAAGUGCAAACAUAAACCUUUUCUGCUGCUGGCUAUUAAGUCACUUACACCCCAUUUUGAUAGAAGGCAAGCAAUUAGGGAAUCCUGGGGCAAGGAAAUAAAAUCAGGGAAUGUGACAGUCAAAAGGGUGUUCUUACUUGGACAGACACCACCAGAGGAUAAUUUUCCUGAUCUUUCAGACAUGAUAAAAUUUGAGAGUGAAACUCACCAAGACAUUCUCCUCUGGAACUACAGAGACACUUUCUUCAAUUUAACUCUGAAAGAGGUGCUGUUUCUCAAGUGGGUUAGCAGCAGUUGCGCAGAUGUCCAGUUUAUUUUUAAGGGUGAUGAUGAUGUUUUUGUGAAUACCCAUCAGAUCCUGGAUUACUUGAAGAGCUUAUCGAAGGACAAAGCCAAAGACUUAUUUAUAGGCGAUGUGAUCAAAGAUGCUGGACCUCACAGAGAAAAAAAAUUGAAGUACUACAUCCCAGAAAGUGUUUAUGAAGGUUCAUAUCCUCCAUAUGCAGGAGGCGGUGGGUUUCUGUACUCUGGUGAUCUGGCAUUAAGACUGAAUAAUGCGUCUGACCAGGUACUUCUUUACCCUAUUGAUGAUGUUUAUACUGGAAUGUGCCUUCAGAAGCUUGGGCUUGCUCCGGAAAAACACAAAGGCUUCAAAACAUUUGAUAUCGAAGAGAAAUACAGAAAUAACAUAUGUUCCUACACAAACUUAAUGUUAGUACAUAGUAGAAAACCUCAAGAAAUGAUUAAGAUUUGGACACGCUUGCAAGAUCCACACUUAAAUUGUUAAAGCAAUGUGCAUAAGUGUCUUAAGUCCAGAUAACUCUCUAAGUUUGGGGCUGGGUUUCUUGGUGGACCAUUGGAGCUCUGUUUAAUAGUUUAAUUUUCUCUGGGAACUUUUUCCUGUACUUUUGAAAAUGAGAAUAAUACUAAAAUUUGAGGGGGUGGCUUGAAGGCUUGGUCCUGACUUUUCCACUGUCCCAGUGGUCAUUGUUUCAUAAUUUGUCUUAAUUUUAGAAAGGACUUCACGGUUGUAACUAGCUGUCAGUGGCUGGUUAGCUGUGUUGGAAACAAGGAUUGCCUACUGCAAUGCAUCUUACAUUAAUUGUGAUGGUGGAAGGUAGUUUUCCUUGAGUAGUGUUUGUGUGUGGGUGUGUGGAAAUGAUUGUCAAUGAAAAUUCACAAAUUGGAGGAAUGUA